AUGUUUACUGCGGCGGCAGUCUCCAGCUCGGCGGCACUGGAAGUUCGUUCGUCGCUGACCGCGUUUUUUCAUCAGCCCCUGCGAAAUGCUCGUGCCGGACGAGUAUUGAUCCACAUGUGCAGUUCGAUCGUUUCCAAUGUUCCUCAGUGCUAUCUCUUCGUCGGAGCGCAAUCUCUGGUCGUUCCUUUGGUUGACUUCCUCAGCGCUCCACCGUCGACGACGACGAAGACGAAGACGAGCACCGACCCUGUCGCCACCACCGUAGCCGUCGCCGUUGUUGCAGCCGCAUCGACGCGUCUCUUCUUCGGCGUCUUCGCCCUCGUUUUCCUUCUUCUCCUCUUUGUCGUCGUCGUCCAGCGUCAGUCGCCGUCGUCGAAGCCGGCUCGUCACAUGGACGACACCACGACAGCAGACCCUCUGGCCACCAUCACCGCAAACAGCGCCGUUCAGCACAGGCAGUUCUUCGUCACUCCCACGGCCACGGCCACCACCGGCACCGGCACCGGCACCGGCACCGACAUCGAUCACUGCCAGGUACUCUCGCCCUUAAUCUACCCUAAGCCCGAACUCAUUCAGCGUGUCUGUCGCAUCAUCCAUCCAUCCAUCCAUCCAUCGGCCCUCGUGCUAAUGUCUGUGCAUGUGGAGACAUCCGCAGCUUUGCAGGCCGUUCUAUUUACUCUGACGUUUUUUACGCAUCUGUGCCGUCGCCGCACCCGCUGA